GAGAGCCGUGCGCCUCCCAGCAGGACAGUGAAGUGCUUUCUCAGCGGCUCAGGACGGAUAUCUGAGACUGCUGCGAGUAUCACCAAAGCCCUGUUUCCACCUGGAGUACAAUCUGUGAGCAGCUCGGAUACCUGCAGGAUCUGUUAGGCUCUCCUGGAACCAUGGGGGACGUGGUUUCCUCGCACCUGGAUGAGAACAGGCGGGAGAUGAUUACAGCUCGGACCAGAGAUGUGAUGAAGGAGUUCAGUGAUGUGUACGAGCAGCAGUAUGCCGUCGCUCUCUUCAACAGCGUCCGCUUUGAGAUAGAAGGAGGAGGAGGGACGCAGUCACAGCUGCUUCACAGAAAGGACCCUCUGGCGGGCCGCUUGAUCUUCUCAGGGAGUCUGUUUCAGUACCUGGAGGAGAAUCGGAAGUGGAGGAAUCGCUUUGUGUCCGUGCCAAACAGCUACACCAUCAACCUCUACGAGAGCAAAACAGCACAUGAACGGGGGCUGCACCCAAAAGUAACCAUCAACUGUGCUGGGUACAAGGCCCUGACCUCAAUGGAGGAGUACAUAGAGCUGAUUAAUACCAGCCUGCCAGGCAUCAAGGCCAAAAUGGGCAGUAAUCCGUUUAUCAAGUGUGCGACCCAGUUCCCGCUCAUCCUGUGGCAUCCGUACGCCCGUCACCACUACUUCUGUGUGAUGACAGAGAAGGAGCAGAAGAAGUGGCACGCCGUGCUGCAGGACUGUGUCAGACACAGUAACAAUGGUCUGUCAGAGGACUGCACUGUUCAGACUCCAGCCUUCACUGACGCUGUGAGACGUCACAGACAAGCCGAGGGACACUAUGGGACCUGGGACAUGAUGUGCGGAGCCCCCCCACAGAUUCUAGCUAAUCUGGUGAUGGAGACCCUUCACCCCGACCUAAGAAACGUGAUUGGUCCUCGUCUGAAGGGGAAAAUGCAGCAGAGGCAGAGGAACUGGAUGUUGAUCUCCGAUGCUGUGUACAGGCAGGUGUUGUCUCAAACCACCGCUCGGUAUGAUGCACUGGCGGAAGCCUGCGAGGCCCAGAGAGCUUCACUGGACGCCAGACUGCGAACCGACAUGGACCAGAUCAUCACGUCUAAAGAACAUGUCAGCGGCAAGAUACGAGCUCUGGUGUUGCCCAAGGCGGAACAGCUUCUACGGAACAACGUGCAGCCCUACAUUAGCUCCAUCCUGGAGGCCCUGAUGGAGCCCACCAGCAGAGGUUUCUCUGAGGUCAGGGAGGUUUUCUUCAGAGAGAUGGUGGAGAUCAGCAAGAACUCGCUCAAUGGAGGGGGCAAGGACAAACUGGGAGACCUCAUGGAGAGACUUUCCAUGCUCGCCUUUCACCCCGUGAAGAUGCAGAGCUGCUACGAGAAAGUGGAGCAGCUCAAUCUGGAGGGGCUGCAGCAGAGGUUUGACGUCUCCAGUCCCUCCGUGUUUAUCAGCAGAGCUCAGAUCCUCAUGAGGGAGCAAAUGGACAAUUCAGUGUACACAUUUGAGCAGCUGCUUCACCAGUCUUUGGAGGCCCAGGGAGAAAACGACAUGUGCAAGACCAUCCAGCGAUGCCAGGACAGGGUUCUCAAGAAAUACGACUAUGACAGCAGCACAGUGCGCAAGAAGUUCUUCAGAGAGGCUCUGCUGCAGAUCAUCAUCCCAUACAUGCUCCAGCAGCUCUCGCCAUCCUGCUCACCUGAGCUGCCGCGCUUCAAAGAGCUGAUAUUUGAGGACUUCUCCCGUUUCCUGCUGGUGGAAAAUAUCUUCGAGGAGGUGGUGCUGCAGUCGGUCACCAAGGACAUAAUGAUGGCUGUGAAGGAGGCAGCUGUCCAGAGGCGACACAAUCUCUACAGGGACAGCAUCGUUCUCACAAACAGUGACCCCAACCUGCACCUGCUUGGAGAAACCCCCCCGGUGGACUGGGCCACCAAAUUUGGGGACGAUGAGCGAGAGGGCUCUCUGGGCGGCGGUAUUGAAGGAGGGGGCUCUGGGAGAAGACGCAGGCAAGUGGUGUCCAUGAUCCAGCUGGACGGGCUCCCCCUGGCCUACGAGUCCUGUCUGGAGGUUCCUGGAGUGGAUCUUAUCCCUGAGGAGGACGCCGAGGUGUCUGAGGAAAAAAGGGAGGAUGGAGGGGAGGAUAGGGAGGACCCAGAGCCUCUUGAGAGUCCCAAGUCUCCUGACAGCGUGAAUGAAAUCAGGGGCCUAAUUAAUCCGAUUGUAGAGGUGGAGCCAGAGUCAGAGGAAGAGGAGAGCGACACGACCAACGGGACGGAGCCCACCGCCGGCUUCAUCAUCUUGGAAGAUGGGUUGCAGGAGCAGGUGACACAUGUCACCACUAAGGUGGAGGACAUCCCCAGGAAGUCUCCACAAGACAAGAUGUCCCCGCAGACAAUGCUCCAGCAGCUGGUAGGAAGCAAGAAGCAGGAAGCUCAUAAGGAGCUUCAGGAGGAAGUAGCCAUCAAGAACGCCAUUGAGGAAACAGAGAUAGCGGUGCAGGAAGAUGGCACUGGACGGAUUGCUGAGGUCUUUGCAGCAGCAGAAUCAGAUUCCGAGUCGUCACCACCGCCACCGCUGGCUACAGACUCCGGCAGGCAUGAUGACAGCGGUUUCCAGUCACCAACCAAUGAGAAGUUGGAAGAAGGCGUGGCCCAGCCAAUCACUAACGGUUUGGGUGGAGAGGACAAAAUCAUCGACCCGGUGGAAGUGGAAGUGAUUUUAGCGUAGGAAGACGAUGCACACAACAGUGAAACUGGAGAAAACCGCAGAGAGAACACAUCAGAGUGUGCGUGACAUGUGAUGGGAGAUCAGUGGAGUGAACUUGGAUUGGAUUUAAAUGUUUAAUUCAAAGCGUUGCCUCGUCUUUAUUGUUGCACACCAACCAAAACCAGCUCUCCCUUCCUCCCCUAGACUUUUUUGAGACAUUUCUUUGGUGAAUGGUUCAUCUCUAUGCAGCUUCAUGGAUCUUAAUGAUUUUUUUUUUUUUUAAUACUCUGUAUAUGACACUGAAUUCCACAUAUCUGAUUUAUACAAGUAAGGCUCCAUCACAAUAAGGGAUUUUAAAGUGAUAAUCCACUUUUUUAAAUUUACGGAACGAGGGAGCAACACUAAACAACAGCUACACCUGAGGUAUGAAUGUUUUCAAAAUGAUGUUAAGAGUUUGUUUACAUCAGUAACGUCUGUAAACACGGCAGCAAAUCAGCCCUGUAUUACUCUCAAUAUAUCUCACAUUCAUAUGGUUAAGUAAGUUACAGAUUGUGCCUUUAACUCUAGUGCAGGUGAAUGAUCACAGCCUCUACCUGGGCAGCAGGGGGUGCUAUAAUCCGUCUUUCUGUAUUUGUAUGAUUAUUUUAAUUACUUUUUUUUUUUUUUUUCAAAUAUUGCUUUCUAUUUUUGUAAAGUGUAUUUUUAAAUAUGUAAUUUGUUUACUUUGCAAUCAUUUCCUAUAUUUGAAAAUGGCCUUUAAGUUUCAACACCUUUCAGUACAAACUGUCAUGGAAUGAUUAUUACUUCCUCAGUGAUUUUAAAAGCAAGAUGGUUUUGUUUUUUGACAUCUGUGGGGGAAAAUAACCAGAACACAUUGUUUCUUGCGACUUUGCCUGUGGGUGUAGACGACCAAGAUGAUACGUAAUGGCUCUUUAACUUGCAGGACUCUACUUAUGAGGGGGAUUCUUAAUGUUGGUUUCUGAUGCUCUAUCACUCCAGUACUUUGAAUUACACAUAUCAGUGUCUCCUCCUCUAUUUAAAAACUGUUUUAUUUCAUCAAACUUUUCUGGGUCAAUGGAGCAGUUCACCCAAAAUCAUACACAUUCACUGAUAUAUUGGUAUGGAGCUGUACAGAUUUUUGGUUUGGUUUUAUGUGACAGGGAUGAACUGAGUUUAAUGUCCUGUAUCAGUGACUGUAUCACUGACAUUUGUCCUUGUGAAAGACAUUUGUUCAUGCAUAGGAAAACAUUGAUGAUUCAAGUGUUCCAUAAAACCAAGAGGUUUGAUAAACUCUAAACAUCAGACUUUAAUUCUUAAAAUAAAUCAGUCUGUAACUAACUGUUUAUGCUUUGUUUUAAGGGUGUGUAAUUUACUAAUAGUUUUCUAGGAUGUUUCCUGGAAUUAACUAUUUAAUAUUAAAUAGUGUUUACUACAGAGAAUAGACAUAAGAUGAAUGUUAUCCUUAGCUGU